UAAUUGGAUUCAGCUAAACUGCUAUAUACCUUUUGCUAUAUAUUACAAGGUCUCAAAAAAUUGUUAUGAUUGGCUUAUGGACAAGCCAAAACAUCAGUGGUCAAGGUCUGGGUUCAGAACAAUUACUUCAAGUGAUAUGUUUGUAAACAAUCACAGUGAAGUAUUUAACAAUAGUAUUAGACAAUUCAGGGAUCUUCCAAUAAUAACUAUGUUUAGGGAGAUCCACAAGGCAGUAAUGAAGAGGAUACAAAUGAGGAGAGAUAAAAUGAUGAACAUGGAUAUUACUAUUUGCCCAACUGCACAAAAGAAAUUGAACAAGGCCAUUCAUUUUGCUGGAAGUUGUGUGGUGACAUGGUCUGGUGGUACCUCAUAUAGUGUCAUUACAUCAGAUGGAGGCCACGAGUUGGUUGUGGAUUUGGGUAAAAAAUCUUGUAGUUGCAGGAAAUGGGAUCUCACAGGAAUCCCUUGCUACCACGCUGCAGCAUGCAUCGCCAUGAAAUCAGAGCCAUGGGACCUUCAUAUAAGCAAAUGGUUUAAAAAGGACAUGUACAUCAAGCUUUACAGUUAUACAUUGGAGCCUAUGGUUGGUCCAGAGUUUUGGGAUGAUGCCCCUGAACCAAUGCCUCUACCACCGAAUGUGAAGGUACCAACUGGGAGACCCAAGAAAAGAAGGUCCAGAAAGAAUGAUAUUCCAACGGAUCCAACAAAGUUGAGAAGGGGAGGUGGUACUGUGAGAUGCAGUCAUUGCAAAGCCACAUCACACAAUGCCAGGACAUGUCAAGCUAAAAAAAGUGAUGCCAUGGCAAAAGCUGUUGCUGAAGGAAGAGAUCCUUCCUCUGCUGGUGCAAAGAAGCCAAUCCAAUGCAAAAAAUGCAAAGGAACAGGACAUAAUUCAAGAACUUGCUUAGUGAAGGUAUGUCAUUUUGGCACAUUGCUUGUCGUUUUACUAUGUAUUCAUAUGUAUUGUCAUCUUUUUCAGCAAAAUGAUGGUACAAACGAUGCCUCGAAUGCCACAAGCAAUGCGACAACAGUAGGUACAAACAAUACAAGUGGGAGCUCAAAUGUGCCUCGACCCCCAAGAUUUAAGAGAUGGGCAAAGAAGGCUGCACCAAAGGAUUCAACUGUAGGAGCAUCAACUGCAGGAGCAUCUACUGCACGACCAUCAACUACACAACCAAAUAUGCAAUGGAAGGGGAAGCCUGUGACUACAAUUAGGCAAUUAUUGGCUGCUAAGAAGUGUUCCAAGGAUAAAUAAUCUAAGACAAUACCCUAAGCUUUUUAUGUGUAACUUAUCAGACUACUAGCUUUGAUGUUGGGAUUAUCAGACUUUGUUGUUACAUUUGCUACUAGCUUUCAUGUGCAACUU